CACAGCAAGAGCAAGCCCUAGCUCCUUCCCAACCCAAAAAUCCAGCUUCCUGGACGGAACCACCGUCGCCGUCCGUCUGUGUCGGAGUCUCCGCGGCCUCUUCCUUCUCCUUCUCCGCGGCUUCUCCCCCUUCUAGCUCGGCACGUCGUCCAUUCCCAGGUGAAAUCGCUGCUCGAGGCCUCCAGCUGGUGCCCCGUGGUGUCGCCGUCGUCUGGCCGUCGUGUCUUCGUCGUCUCGCCGUCGUCUUCCUGCUGUCAGUGGAAGAAACAUGCCUGCCCAGAAGGUUGAAACGGGUCAUCAAGACACAGUCCAUGAUGUUGCAAUGGAUUACUACGGUAAGAGGCUCGCUACAGCCUCAUCUGAUCACACAAUUAAGAUAAUUGGGGUUAGCAACUCGGCCUCUCAGCAUUUAGCAACUUUGGCCGGUCACCAGGGUCCUGUUUGGCAGGUGGUAUGGGCCCACCCAAAAUUUGGCUCUUUACUUGCUUCAUGUUCCUAUGAUGGGCGUGUCAUUAUUUGGAAGGAGGGUAACCCAAAUGAAUGGACUCAAGCUCAUGUCUUCGAUGACCACAAGUCAUCGGUAAAUUCGGUCGCAUGGGCACCUCAUGAGUUGGGUCUCUGUUUAGCUUGUGGUUCAUCUGAUGGUAAUAUAUCUGUUUUUACAGCAAGAGCAGAUGGUGGAUGGGACACCUCGAGGAUUGACCAAGCCCAUCCAGUUGGUGUAACUUCUGUGUCAUGGGCACCGUCAACGGCACCAGGUGCACUUGUUGGUGCCGGGUUGCUUGAUCCUGUACAGAAGCUGUGUUCUGGUGGUUGUGAUAAUACUGUGAAGGUAUGGAAGCUCAACAACGGACUUUGGAAGAUGGACUGCUUCCCGGCUCUUCAGAUGCAUACAGAUUGGGUUCGAGAUGUUGCUUGGGCACCUAAUUUGGGACUUCCUAAAUCUACUAUUGCGAGUGCAUCCCAGGAUGGAAAAGUGAUUAUGUGGACUGUGGGCAAGGAGGGAGAUCAGUGGGAAGGCAAGAUCUUGUCCGAUUUUAAGACACCGGUUUGGAGGGUUUCAUGGUCGUUGACUGGAAAUAUUUUGGCUGUGGCUGAUGGUAAUAACAAUGUGACAUUAUGGAAAGAAGCAGUAGAUGGGGAAUGGCAACAGGUGACAACGGUAGAGCCUUAAAAUUAUCAAUUUAGAAUUUUGGAGACUUUUUCAUUUUGGAAUAUAAUUGACAUCUUGUUCCUUUGCAUAUUAUACAGUUAAGUAAUUGUGCUUGAUAAUCCCUUCCUUGAAUUCCAUUGAUAAUUUGUGCUUGCAAGAAUGAAGUUGAUUAGUGUGAGCUUUUCUCCUUUUGAGUUAGAAGGAUAUGAUUCAGGUAUAUAAUGAGACAUUUCAUAAGAAUUUUGGAUAUUUGUCCUGGCAGUUGUGUAAAUUAUGACUGUUGUGUUAAAUUUUAGACGUGCAUUUGUAAGCAUUACUACAUGUGCUAUGUUUUAUUUGCAAUUCAUAAAGUUAGCAGUGGCA